AGUGAGGAAGGACACGAACCCAUCCAAGCGCACGCCGCCCAAAACGGCAGCGGAGUCCCCCCAGAACCGCACCAGCGCACCAAAACCCCGCCCGCCCGCCUGGUGCCCCGCUCUGCAGCCUCCCGUCGCCGGCCUUCGCGAAGCCUCCCGUGAUAGUCCCGUCGCCGUCGCCGUCGCCUGCGCCUGCGCCUCCGCCUCCGCCUCCGCGCCUGGAGCGAUGCAGCUAUACCACCACUCCUAUUCUCUGGACAGUCAGAAAGUGCGGAUGGCGCUGGAAGAGAAGGGCAUCGACUACACCUCGUACCACGUCAACCCGCUCACAGGCAAAAACAUGAACGUGGACUUCUUCCGCAUGAACCCCUCCGCGAAGCUCCCUGUCUUCCAGAACGGCGUUCAUGUCAUCUAUCGUGCCAUCGAUAUCAUUCAGUACAUAGACAGACUUGCGGUGCAUUUGAGUGGCGAAAUCCCCCCUGUGAAUACUGUGGUUCACCAAUGGAUGCAGAAAGUUGACGCUUGGAAUCCUAAGAUGUUCACCCUCACGCACACCCCGGUCAAGUACCGUGCGUUUGUCUCCAAGUUCAUAAGGCGGGUGCUGAUUGCUCGCAUGGCUGAAGCCCCUGAUCUAGCUAGCAUGUACCAUGUCAAGCUCCGUGAGGCUUAUGAGACCGAGGACAAAGUAAAGGACCCUGACAUCAUGAGGCAAAGUGAGGAAGAACUGAUCAAACUCCUUGAUGAUGUUGAAGCGCAGCUCAGCAAGACCAAAUACCUCGCUGGCGAUGACUUCUCACCUGCUGAUUCGAUGUUCAUCCCUAUUCUUGCGCGUAUAACUCUUCUGGACCUUGAUGAGGAAUACAUCAACUGCAGACCCAAGAUACUUGAGUACUACAAUUUGGUGAAGCACCGGCCAAGCUACAAGGUUGCCAUUGGCAAGUACUUCAAUGGGUGGAAGAAGUACCGGACUCUCUUCAAGACGUCAUUCUUCCUUUGCGUUCGAACCUUGUUCAGGAGGUACUAGAUAGCUCAGCUGCUGCAUAGCUGAAUCCAUACCUUGUGAACCGACAUGUACAGUGAUUUCGGCCAAAAAACUAUAUUAUGUAUAUCUUCCAUGUGUUUUUCCUGUGGUCCUGAGUUUUAUUUUCACUUGUGAAAGCAAAUGCAUUUGUUCGCUUGUAUAUUUCUGCUUCAUGUUGUAUGCUGAACUGCAGACAAUAGGAUUUGUAUACAGAAUAGACCUAGCUAUACAUUCCGGUUUUGUCACUUGUUAUAGUCCAGUUUAUGUCUGAUAUAAAUUGUUGUUAACUUGAUUUUGGUACACUGCUACAUUAUGACUAUCCUGCCUUCAUUUU